GGCCCCGUGGUCGGCAGUUGGUAUAAGGUUCUGGAAGGUCUGGUUCCCGGGAGCAGCAAGUCUGUAGCCCUAAAGAAGAUGCUGCUGGAUCAGGUUGGGUUCUCGCCGUGCUUCCUCGGAUGUUUCCUGACCAUCGUCGGCUCGUUGAACGGCUUGUCUAAGGCGGAGAUCUGGGAGAAGCUGAAACGGGAUUACAAGGACGCCUUAAUCACCAACUACUAUAUUUGGCCUGCAGUCCAAAUUGCCAAUUUCUACUUCAUCCCUCUCUAUCACAGGCUGGCGGUGGUACAAUGCGUUGCCAUCAUCUGGAACGCCUACCUCUCCUGGAAAGCCAACAAGCCCUGACCAGAUCCGUCCGGCCCCGGAGGAGUCUGGGGGCCCGCCUAUCCUCUCAGGGGCCUG